CAGUACGCAGGACACUUAGGAUGAGAGAGAGUUUCGGCCCUGCAAUCUACCCGGCUGCCCCACAAUCCCCGGAUCAACAGGUCUUGAUGUUUUGAAACCUGGUGAUGCAGGGAGAAAUUAGGCCAGAAUUUGAAUUGAGGGACUUAAACCAGACUUGGAGGAAAGCUUUGCCUGCACGAUUGAUUACAUGCUGGUUGCUUUUAAUAUUUAAAACAGACACAUGCAUAACUCCGUCCAUGGACACUGGAAACUGUCCACGGGGCUGUCGACUCCCCCCCAUCUACACAGUGAUCUGCAGCAGUGAGCUGGAGAAGGUUCAAGAGAAAGGAGACUCUGGCAUGACCACAGGAGAGUGGAGAUACAGUACUAAACUCAAUUAUUUUCUGGAAUCUAAGGGAUGCUUUGCCAACAUAAUGUCCUCUGGCAGAAGUGUCAGCCCCUCAUCUUCUAUUGAAACAGGUCUAAGCGUCAGUGGGCCUUUCAGCCCCGGCAGAGGGUCUGUUCACCCAGACCCUGCUGCAGAUUCGGAUCUGAAAUCCUCCUCCUCACAUUCUGAUCACUCCUCUGAAACCUCACUGCCUGAAGCCCGAAAGGAUAAAUAUCGCCAGGAAUUCAGCCUGCUUAAGUUGCAGACAAAAGAUGGGCAGCGUCCUGAGUGGACAUUUUACCCAAGGCUUAGCAGCAACAUCCACACCUACCAUGUUGGAAAGCAGUGUUUCUUCAACGGGGUCUUCCUCGGCAACAGGAGGUCUCUAUCAGAGAGGACGAUGGACAAGUGCUUUGGGAGGAAGAAAUAUGUCAUUGAUCCCAGGAAUGGAAUCCCAAAGGUAACUCCAGGAGAUAAUCCAUAUAUGUAUCCAGAACAGAGUAAAGGCUUCCACAAAGCAGGAUCAACUCUCCCGCCAGGGAAUUUUUCAAUAAUGCCUUAUGAAAAGAAAUUUGAUACAUUUAUUCCACUUGAGCCUCUUCCACAAAUUCCCAACUUGCCUUUCUGGGUGAAGGAGAAGGCCAACAAGCUGAAGAAUGAGAUAAGAGAAGUUGAAGAGCUUGACAGCUGGCAGCCAGCGGUCCCCUUGCUACAGAGUUUGCUACCUGUUGGUUCUUUGGACUUUCCAAGACAGUCUUGAACAGGAACAGGUCCAGGAAGCAGGCACUGACUGUCCUCUGGAGAGCCUUUUCCUGUUAAUUGCUUCUGUUGGUGCGACUGUUCUAAAUCAAAUGUUUGACUUGGAUGCAGAAUCACUGUGUUUUGCCUCUUUUAACUUUUUUGUUUUGGCGGCGCUGCACGGCUUGUGGGAUCUUAGUUCCCCAACCAGGGAUUGAACCCGGGCCCUCCGCAGUGAAAGUGCAGAGUCCUAACCACUGGACCGCCAGGGAAUUCCCUUAAGUUUAUAUUUUGAAAACUGUCAAACUGAUAGAAAAGUUGCGAGAAUCGUACAACAGACACCUACAUAGUCUUCACCUAGAGUCUACAAUUAACAUUUGUCCAGAGUUGUACACAUUCUCUUUUUCUCAUAUUAUUAUUAUUAUUUUGCUCAAUUAUUACUAUCAAUUUUGAUAAAUAUAUUUAUUUAUUUAUUUUUGGCUGCAUUGGGUCUUCGUUGCUGUGCAUGGGCUUUCUCUAGUUGUGGCGAGCAGGGGCUACUCCUUGUUGCAGUGCGCGGGCUUCUCAUUGCAGCGGCUUCUUUUGUUGCGGAGCAUGCGGAGCAUUAGGCGCGCGGGCUUCAGUAGUUGUGGCACGCGGGCUCAGUAGUUGUGGCUCAUGGGCUCUAGAGCGCAGGCUCAGUAGUUGUGGCGCACGGGCUUAGUUGCUCUGCGGCAUGUGGGAUCUUCCCAGACCAGGGCUCAAACCCGUGUCCCCUGCAUUGGCAGGUGGAUUCUUAACCACUGCGCCACCAGGGAAGUCCCUUCUCAAUUAUUUGAGAGUGAGCGGCAGACAUCAUAACCCUUUACUCCUACAUACCUAUAUACUUCAGUAGGUAUCUCCUGAGGUCAAGGGUAAUCUUGUGGUUCACUGAGAACCUGAUAGCUGUGCGGGGCUGACAUCUGGGACAUCUAGGAGUGCCCAUCUGAGUGCAGGGCACCACUUGGUCCUGCCCAGCCCCUGAUGAGACCAGGCCUGCUGCCUCCACGGGGUCUUUGGACUCAUUCCCUCUCCCUUGACCAGCCUUGACCUUGGCUGGUUUGGCCACACGUUGCCCCCUGCCUUGGCCCCUCUCACAUCUUUAUGCCCUGCGACUUUUCUUCCCGUCUGGGCCCGAAACGCACUGAACAGCCCCCAUCCCUUGCAGUAAGGGACUCUGACCCUGAUUUAGCACAUCUACUGGCCAAGUUCCCAGUGGACUCUGGGGAAGGACUGGGAGCCCAUUUGAGAUGCCUUCUGUCCUUCCAACACUGGGGAACUCCAGGAGGGGUUGUGGCCUGAGCCUCCCUGGGGGAUGGGGCGGCCACAACUGACUUGAAGAGUCAACACUGAGGCUCCCAAACCUGGACUUUGUAAGAAAUACAUGCAAAUUAAACAUUUCUUGGUGAACAUGGAGGGACCCUGCCUCAUAUCAAAAAAGAAGUCAAAAAUCCCAAUGGCUUGUUUUCCGAGGAAAUGUGUGUGUUUCUACCAAGUACGGAGAGGGUGUGACGGCACCUUGCAGUGGUGAUGGUGUGAGCAUGGGAGUGAUCAUCUGGCUAGAAACGUGUUCUAUUGGCUGAGCGCAGUGUGGGCUGGAGGAGAAACCAGGGUUCUCGAGGAAAGGGAGGACAGAAGGAAUGCGUGAGUCACAAUUAUACUAAAAUUCACUUGCUGUUUAUUUGAAAUUCAAAUUUAACUGGGAUUUAACUGGUAUUUUAAUUUGCUCGAUCUGGAAACUUACAGCAGAGGUGGACAAAGGAGAUGGAUUGGAGGGCUACCUAGGAGAUAAAAUUGGCAAGACUCUGGAAUGACUUGGAUGUGGGUGGGAGGAAGUUAUGGGGGAAGGAAAAGUGGCAAUAGGUGGAUGGUGGUGCUGUUGCCAGGGCAACAUAUAGUGUCUAGCCCAUGUGGUGGCUUCAUACACCUAGAGAAAGAUGCUUUCUUGGUGGACACAGUCCCGUGGACGCAUUGCCUGGUGAGCAGUGUGCAAGCUAGAUUUCAGCCCCCACUUUUCCCUUAUGCAAUGAACCCUUUACACAGCCAUACACGCCAGUCCUGUGCUAUCCCUUGAAAUAAGGAAUG